AUGCCCGACCUCCAAUCAAGAGAGCCACGCGAGAUGGUGGCAACUGCAGCAGCUCAUGACGCAGAAGACUUGCAGCGACCAAUCCACCGAAGUCACAAGAGCAUGACCGUCCCCUUAAGACCUGACGUGACGGAUCCGUACGGUUGGCAAGCUCGACUGGCCCUGAUGCAGUGCCCUACUUGCCCCUUGGAAACGCUCCACGGAGGAAGGGGCACAGACCCGCAAGAGAAACUUCGGCAAAUGCUGCAGAAGGCGCACAAAGAUGUCUCAGAGCUUAUUGAUGCGGAGAAGAAGUCGAUCUCAGAUGAGCCUUGGAGAAAGUUGAUUGACCAAUAUCUGGCACACAAGACACCUGAACAGCAAUCCCAGCUGACGGAGGCAAUGGGAAAAAGCGACACAGAUGUCAAGCAACUCCUGGCCCUCAGUAUGAUAUACAGAAAGCUAUCUGAAGAAGACAUGAAAUGCGUGCGCAGGGUAUCAGUGUAUCCUAGACAGCUGGCCGACGAGGAGAUGGACGAGAGCAACUACAAGACUGAUGCCAUGACAAAAGCCUGGUACGUGGUCUUUCCAAUGGCGCUCUUUUUCUUCUGCUUCUCCUUCCAGAGUUUCAUGCUGCACAUUGGCACAGCUUUCUACGUACGGUACAUGGAGCGAAUUGAAGGCGCACUUCCAGAGGGCACUGACCUACAUGAAGUGGAAGGUGGGGAACUAUUUGACUUGGUAGCCCGAACUGUUGCUCUGAGUGCUGGCAACGAAAGUUCGGGAGACAAUGAGAACGAAGCUGUACGUGAUGGCAAUGUCAGAAUUCCAAUGUUCAUCCUUGAUCUUUCAGGUUUCAUUCCAGCCGCACUUUGUGUGUCGGCCUUUGUUUAUUCAUCCUACAAGCAGAGGUUUCAUGUUGGUUUGUGGUACAAGACUUUCCUCAUUGCAUGCUGCAUGGCGGUCAUGAAGGGCAUCCUUGAUGUUGUGACAAUUCUGCCAGAUUCGAUUGGCUGGAACCAGUGCAAGGAACGACUUGGCGAGCCAGCCUUGCAGAAGAUGAGAAAUCGACAUUUCUUCAGCAACUUUUGGGGUAGCAUUUGGCAGGCCGGGAUUUGA